UCCUCCCCUGCCUGGCACCGGCCACUCUCCUCAGUCCCCUCCGCCUGCCGGAGCAGCCUGCCGCCGAUAGCCUUGGAGAACAAGAAGCCCCCUGAAUCCUGAGCCUGGGGAGAGAAAAAAACAUGGGGAGUGGAAUGAGCAAGGUUGUCAAAGGCCUCUACCUCGGGAACAUCCGCGACUCCGAGGACCGGGAAAACCUGCUGAGGAAUGGGGUGACGCACAUCCUCUCCGUCCACAGCGGUGCCAAGCCGGUGCUGGAGGACAUGACCUAUCUCUGUAUCUCGGCCUCGGAUUCAUCCAGUCAAAACCUGCUGCAGCAUUUUAAGGAGUGCAUCAAGUUCAUCCACGAAUGCCGGCUCGGUGGAGGAGGCUGCCUCGUCCAUUGCCUGGCCGGGGUCUCCCGCAGCACCACCGUCCUGGUGGCUUACCUCAUGACGGUGACCGAGCUGGGCUGGGAGGGCUGCCUGGCCGCCACCAAGGCCGUGAGGUCCUACGUCAGCCCCAAAACUUUGGCUCAGCAGCAGCUGCAGGAGUACGAGGUGACCUUGCUGCAGGAGUACCGCGCCUGGAUCCACCGCAACUACGGCAGGAACCCUUUCAAGGACCAGGAGGAGCUGCAGCGCUUGCUGGCCCAGCAGGAGCAGAGGCAGAAGGAGCAGCAGCUGGGGAGCAGGGAGAGCUCCUGGCUCCACUCUCCAGCUCCCACCUACCCGCUCCCCUACCACGCAGGUGGCACCAGCAGAAGCAGAUGGAUGAACAGAUAAGCAGCCGGCUGCUUGAAGGCAGGCGUUGGCCCAGGUUUGGAAAACUCUGUAUUCCCUUUGCCAAAUGCCCACGGGGGGUUCAUGUCUGGGGGCAGCAAGCAGCCAGCACCGGCCUCGGCCGUGGGCUCGAGGGUUGGAGCGGGGGGGUCAGGACUCGCAGACCUUCCCCUUGGCUGCCGGCUCCAUGUAUACCUCUGGGCAAGCCGGUCAAUUGAUGACAGUGUCUUGCUCUGUCCUGUUCCCCCAUUCCCCGGUGGAUCGCGGCCACUUUUCCACCACCCGUAGCAGCAGCAAGCCCCAUCCCUCUCUCCAGCAGCACGGUACCCGGGCUCUCCUCCGGCAGGGCACGGGGAUGCCAACACAGACCUUGGAAAGCCAGAACGGGAUGAGAUGGGGAGAGGCCACCUUGUCUUCUGUUUUGCAGUGAAGCUGGGGACCGGUGCAGCCUGCGAGGCUGCCCCGAGGAGGGAGGGACGGGUCCUGGGGUGUGGGUGUGCUGCCGAGCCCGGCUGUCACCCCGGGGGAUGGGGAGAGCGGCCGGAGGCUGAGCUGCUCCCAGGGCUGCAGAUGCCCCUUGCCCUGUUUGGACUUUCCUGGUCCAGCCUGUCCUUGGCAGAUGUCCGUCUGGCAUUUUUCUUAACCCACCCCCCUCCCAAGGGGAGAGGGGGGAAAUCCAGCAGUGCCGGAGGCUGCCCGGCCCCACCGCCUCCAUCCCCGGAGCGGGAGCGGUUUUGGGUUUCCCCUGCUGCCCGAUCUGAAUGUUGCAAAAGAAGCCAAUUGCUCGAUUGGAUUCAGUCGAGCCGCAGACCAAUUUAACGCUGUCCCUCUCCAACAGCCUUUUUAAUAUUGAAAGACCGUGACCGUGUCCCUUUUUUCAUCCCAAACUCAUACACCAUGUUCCUAAAGCGUGGCCUCGCUGCCUUCCUUUGCCAGGACUCCCCACACCCAUCCUACAAGGGGGGUCCCAACCCAUCGACACAGCCCUUCUACAUUUAAGCCUUCCAA